GUAUCAAAGAGCAACAACGCAAGUCGUGUCGUUAGUGCAGUGUGUAAUAUACGUGUCGUGUUUAGUGUACGGAUUCUAGUUUCUCGGAUGUGUUUGGAUUACAUUUAUUUGAUUACAUACGCUAGAUGAGAAAUCGAAGCAAAUGUAUAAAAUUGACGACCAUGCAACGAACAUAUGAGCCGAAAUGGCGGCUGAAUUUAAACGAACGUUAAAGCUGCGCGGGCGCAGGGAUGAUUCGGAAUUCGAAAAUAGAAUAACGCGCAGGAAGCUGGGAUGGGCCGGGCCGGAUGUGUGCAUUUGGAUCCUGCUGUCUGCGACCUUUUUUGUCGGCUGUCAUGGUUACCAGGAGCAGAGAUUUGCAAUGGAGCCGCAGGAUCAGAGUGCAGUCGUGGGCUCCCGUGUGACGUUACCGUGUCGCGUCGAACACAAAGUCGGCAGUCUACAGUGGACGAAAGACGAUUUCGGUCUCGGCACACAUCGGAACCUGAGUGGUUACGAACGAUACUCCAUGAUAGGGAGCGACGAGGAAGGCGAUUACUCAUUAGAUAUAAAAGACGUCUCCCUGGAAGAUGAUGGCGUAUACCAGUGUCAAGUUAGUUCCGGCCUCAAUGGUGAGCCGGCUAUACGAUCGAGAUACGCAAAAGUUACAGUUCUGGUCGCACCAGAGCCGCCUCGUAUAUUACAAGGGGCAUUUAUUGAUGCGAUUGAAGAACAACCUGUUGAUAUUGAAUGUGUAUCAGAAGGUGGAAAACCAGCAUCAGAAAUAACUUGGGUAGAUGGAAAUCAGAAUGUUAUCAAGAAUAAUAUUGAAAGCAGAGUCGAAAUACUACCAGACGAACAAAGAUAUAGAACAAGAUCGGUUUUGCGGUUGAUACCUAACAAGCUACACCACAACCAGACAAUAACGUGUCAAGCGCAGAACACAGCGGACAGAGCGUUCAGGAUGGCAACAGUACAUAUUGAGGUUAAAUACGCUCCGAAGAUAAAUGUGUCGAUUGUAUCCGGUGCUGUAAAUAAGAGAAUACCGGAAGGCAGUGAAGCACGGCUUCUGUGUUCGGUUGAUGCAAAUCCUCCCGCGCAAAUGUACCGGUGGUAUUUGAACAAUAACCCAAUUGUUGGAGACUACGAAGAAGAGUUGGUUAUUUUCAAUGUCACCCGCAAACACAAUAAGGCAAUAGUGAAGUGUGAAGUUAGCAAUACCGCUGGGAAGAGCGAAUCUACUCUUGCUCUGAAUGUAACUUAUCCGCCAUCAUUCCGAACUCAUCCACAAAACGUGGAGGCAGCGGUUGGCGUGAGUGUUACUUUGAGUUGUGACGUCGACGGUCAACCGCAGCCUGAAAUACGUUGGCUAUUCCAUGAACCGGGAAGAAUAGGGCAGGUCAAAGGGAAGGCACCGAACCUCAAAGUGUACGUGGACGAGCGUACAGCCGGACGAUAUAUCUGUAAAGCUUCUGUUAGUGGAUAUCCUGAAAUUGAAAGUGAAGCUACAAUAUUUAUUAAAGGUGUACCCAAGAUUAUUUCAAACAGAACUCAAGUAGGUUCUGAAGGUGAUAAGGUGACGGUGGAAUGUGAAGCUCUCUCAGUACCAAGACCUGAUGACAUCAGGUGGUACUUUGAAGGGAAAGAGAUCAGCGUUAUACAGGAUCCAGAUUAUGCGACGUUGGAAGAAAUAUUACCAAAUGGUAUUGUGAAGUCGAGUCUCGUGAUCCGAGAUAGUCAAUCUAAACACUACGGUGUAUACAAUUGUAGUGUUACUAAUGAGUAUGGAAACGCUAAUGUUGCUAUUACAUUGAAACCAUUAAAAACAUUACCACUCUUCAUAAUUCUAAUAGGCGUGACGUCUGGAAUUAUAAUAUUCUCAUCGUUCGUGAUACUCGUCGUAGUAUGUCACAGGAGAAGGAGAAAUAAGCAGAAGAUAAACGAGAAACCGGACGUGACGGUCACUUCCGGUGAUAUGUAUAAAGAGAGUGAUAGGAGUUCGAACAUAAGUGACUUGAAGUUACAGUUACCACAAACCGACGAAAGUUACGAUUUGGAGUAUACAAGUUCUGAUCGCUCGGAUACAAAGAACCCUGCAGGUCUCCCUCUUGCGGGACCGGUCCCGUUACCAAAUAUACGCCACGACGAUCCGAUGCUACAAUUUAGAUAUAGCAACGAUUAUUCAGAUCCUACAUACGCGGAUUCUUAUUUUAAGAACCCAGCCGCUUACGUGUACGACUACCCACAAGGGUACGUGCCUCCCCCACACUUGAGGGUUCAAUCUCCGACACUUGAAGUACCAACUAGCAGGUCCCUUCAGGGUUCAUUGACGCGUAGCAUAGACACGUCGUCAACGCUUCCGUUGUCAGCUGGUAACGGAUCGCAGAACAAUUCAUUGCAACGAACGAAACCGGACGAAACAGAUGCUAUUAAUAAUUUAGGCUUACCUGUUGGCGGCGAAGCCCCACAAGUGCCUGUAUAUACGCAGUCUGGGGGUAAAAACCAAAGCGGCGUCGACUUGAGAUACGCAGCGACGUAUGGAAAUCCGUACCUUAGAAACGGUACAAUGGGUUAUACAAAUCAAGUACAUACCGCGAAGCCGGCAUCUACGCCCGCUCCGCCGCCUUAUUCCGCAGUGCGAAGCUCGGUUCAUCUCCCAGCUUCAAGCUUACCUUAUAGGAUAACAACUUUAGUAAUACUUAAAAAUAACUGUAGUACACCGACGACGCUAGCUACGCAUGUAUAGCAUAUACAAAAGUACGUAAUACGACUUGUAUAAAAUGGAGUCGUUUCUACGACAGUGUGAAAUGAAACAAUUGUAAUAUAUAAUGUUCCUAAAUAAAUAUUACGACUGAAAUGUAAAUAAAAUACUAGGUUAGAUGUAAAAAAAGUUUAAUAAGGGCUGUUAUAUGCGAGCGACAGUUUUUUUUUUUUUUUUUGUAAUAGCUUUUGUCGAGUUCGUAUUAAUAUUGAUGUUAUGCUUAUGCAUGAAUCAUUUACCACCGUUUCUUUUUUCAAAUACAAUAAAAACUUUUUUGUAAAACAAUUUUUUUUUUAUAUUUUAUAGUAUUGCUCAAAAUCGUUGCAAUAGUUUAUGUAUAAGACGCUAGUGGAAUAAUUUAAAUAUUUAAUGGCCAGAUCGAAUGUCAUUAUGUUACUAGCCAAUUGUUAGCUUAAACAUACUUCUAUAAUUAUCUGUAAUGCUAGUAUAAAUUUGUACAAAAUAUUAACAUAAUUGUACAGCCAAAUAUAAAAUACUCUCAUAUAGUACUGUAAUUUUUAUCUUAAAGCCUAGCCAACAUUUGCUUAUUGAUUUUAAAAAUCUACCAUUAUUUUGUAAAGAAAAUACUCGGACGUGUAGUGCUAUUCUGUAAGAACUUCGUUAAAUAACUCGAUGAAUUUAUGAACUUGUUGAUAAUAUAUGGUUGUUGAUCUUAACAGUCAAGUAAUACGCUGUUUAGAUUACAAUAGUUUCAUUUAACUCUAAUUAAUGAUGUCACAUAUGACAUUGACAGUUGAGUAAUUUUUGACAUUUCACGAUCGUUUUCUGUGGUGAGUUUUGAGUUUGUUCUAACAGAAUAGUUCGACUGAGAGAGACGAAAGAAGCUAGUUUAAUUUAGUUCUUUUUAUUUUUUAUUUCUGGUAACACUGUAUAAAAUCAUGUUUGAUCAUUUUCAAUAUCUAAAUUCAAUGACUGAAAUUAAAAUGAAUUUAAAAUUUCUAUAAAUACACGUAUUGUCAAAAUUGUAUAAGAAUUUUUAGAGAAAAAAAAUAUAAAAUUUUAGAUAGAUAAUUAAUAAUUAGUAAAUGGUCACUUUUAUAGAAAAACCUGUGAUAAUUUAAAUAGUGACGAAUCGUUAAAAAUGCCUUUUAUUAUCUUCAAGAAUUUUCUUAUUAAAAUAUAGUUUUGAGUUUUUUUUUCUUUACUACGAAUGAUUUAUAGUCUGUAUGAACCGCCAUUUUGUAUUUAAAAUGUAUAGAAAUAUUUGCAUGAUAGUGUUUUCGUUUGCAUGCGAAUAUUAUUUGCCAUUUUUUAUUGUU